AUGUCUUCCCGUGCUACCUCCUUGUCUGUUGGCCGAGCCCAUGCCCGUCGACCAUCUGUUUCCUCUAGAUUAUCCUUCGCUGUAUCGACCGUUGAGCAAGGAGAGGCAAGUAACCAGAAUGCGCCUGCAGAACGCCAAAUCGAUGAGGAGAUUGCGGAAAUCAAGAGAUAUGAGGAUUUCACCACCAUAGAUUGGGUCCAAGAUUCGGUACAAGAAAGAGCGCGCCGGAAAGCACGGCGUAGAAAGCAUGCCAGGGUCGAUAAUGGCAAUGUUUCGUGGAGAUACAAAUUAUGGGAGUCGUACGAUGCCGCGCAAGGAUGGAUUGUUGUUACCCUGAUUGGCGCUGCCAUAGGGUUGAACGCCGCAUUUCUUAACAUCAUCACUGAGUGGUUGGCCGAUAUUAAGAUGGGCUACUGCACAACUGCGUUCUACCUAAACGAGAACUUUUGCUGCUGGGGCGAGGACAACGGAUGCGAUCACUGGCGUCGCUGGACCGGAUUCGAGCCCGUAAACUAUUUGCUGUAUAUCUUAUUUGCGAUCCUCUUCGCAUUUACUUCGGCAACCCUCGUCAAGUCCUUCGCACCCUACGCAGCUGGCUCGGGCAUUUCUGAGAUAAAAUGCAUUAUUGCCGGGUUCGUCAUGAAGGGUUUCUUAGGAUUCUGGACUUUGAUCAUUAAAUCUAUCGCGUUGCCGCUCGCCAUCGCAUCUGGCCUCUCAGUAGGCAAAGAAGGCCCCAGUGUGCAUUAUGCAGUUUGCACUGGUAAUGUCAUCUCAAGGCUGUUUGACAAAUAUAAACGGAAUGCGUCCAAGACACGGGAAAUUCUGAGCGCAUGUGCAGCUGCAGGUGUGGCAGUUGCAUUCGGCAGUCCCAUCGGGGGCGUUUUAUUCUCCUUGGAAGAGAUGUCUAAUUACUUUCCCCUCAAAACAAUGUGGAGGAGUUACUUCUGUGCGCUCGUCGCGACAGCAGUCUUAGCGGCCAUGAAUCCCUUCAGGACGGGACAACUCGUCAUGUUCCAGAUUAAAUAUGAUCGGGAAUGGCAUUUCUUUGAAAUAUUGCCCUAUGUUUUCAUCGGUAUAUUUGGAGGUUUGUACGGCGCUUUUGUUAUCAAGUGGAAUCUAAGAGUCCAGGCGUUCCGAAAGAAAUACCUGACGAAUUGGGCUGUUCUCGAGGCUACACUGCUAGCUGCGGGAACGGCUAUUAUUUGCUAUCCCAACGUCUUUCUCCGCAUUGACAUGACGGAGAGUAUGGAGAUUCUGUUUUUGGAAUGUGAGGGCACAGAAGACUACCAAGGGCUUUGCGACAAUGAUAGGAGAUGGGCGAACAUCGUAUCACUAACUCUCGCAACUAUUGUUCGAAUAUUCCUGGUGAUAAUCUCAUACGGCUGCAAAGUGCCGGCUGGGAUCUUUGUACCUUCUAUGGCUAUAGGGGCAUCCUUUGGCCGAACUGUUGGUAUUAUAAUGCAGGCUAUCUACCAUGCGCAUCCGGGCAGUUCGUUUUUUUCAGCUUGCCAGCCGGAUGAGCCUUGCAUCACUCCCGGAACGUAUGCUUUCCUGGGAGCGGCUGCUGCGUUGAGUGGUAUCAUGCAUAUCACCGUGUCCGUUGUGGUCAUCAUGUUUGAGCUCACGGGUGCUUUAACGUACAUUUUACCUACGAUGAUCGUGGUUGGUGUCACCAAGGCGGUAUCUGAUCUAUUUGGAAAAGGCGGUAUUGCGGACCGAAUGAUAUGGUUUAGCGGUUUCCCAUUCCUCGACAAUAAGGAGGAACAUAACUUUGGAGUUCCAGUGUCAGCUGUAAUGACUAACGAUGUGGUCACUAUACCCAUUCAUGGUAUGACAUUGCAAUCUAUCGAAGACGUCCUUAAGCAGCCAAAAUACCAAGGCUUCCCCGUAGUCGAAGAUUCAAGGACGGGGGUCUUGGUUGGCUACAUUGGCCGUACAGAGCUACGGUAUGCAAUCGAUCGGUUGCGCCGUGAACAGUCGAUUCCGAUUAGUCCAGAGGCCAAGUGCAAUUUCGCACCCCCUGUAUUGAGCGCCACCACGCCGAUUACCCCCACAGUCACGAUCAGCAACGCAGAUUGGAGUGCGUCUUCAACUUCGGUGGACUUUAGUCGAUACGUAGAUGCGGCACCGGUGACAGUGCACCCACGACUACCGCUUGAGACGGUGAUGGAGGUGUUCCGCAAGAUUGGGCCCCGCGUAAUCCUGAUCGAGCAUCACGGCCGGCUCAAGGGGUUAGUCACUGUCAAGGACUGUCUCAAGUACCAGUUCAAGGCAGAGGCGGCAGAGAACCCACGAGACGACCGGGAUAUUGUUGAAGGCCACGAAAAAGUUUGGGAUAUGAUGAAGAACAUUGCUUAUUGGAUUUCAGGGAAGGUUGAGAAUGCGAGCGGUGGGCGUAUCAGGCUUGCUGGCAGCGCAGAUGAGAGGAUUCCGUUAGUGAGGGGAAAUGGACAUAUUAUGGACGGGGAUGAGGAUUUAGUGGAUGAUGAUGAUGGCGUGGAGUUAGAGAAUAGGUAG